GGUCCAGAAGAGGACACCUGGUGCCCGCAGGAGCCCCAGCUGAGGCUCAUCCUGGUUGGGAGAACCGGGGCCGGGAAGAGCGCCACUGGCAACAGCAUUCUGGGCCACAGGCGCUUCCUUUCCAGGCUCGGAGCCACAUCUGUGACCAAGACCUGUGCCUCUGCCAGCCGGCGGUGGGCCAGGUGGCACCUGGAAGUCAUAGACACCCCUGACAUCUUCAGCGCCCAAGUGGACCAGACAGACCCCAAGUCCUUGGAGCGAGGUCGCUGCUACCUGCUGUCAGCCCCAGGGCCACACGUGCUACUCCUGGUGACACAGCUGGGACGCUACACUGCCCAGGACAGGGAAGCAUUCAGGAAGAUGAAGGAGCUGUUCGGUGAGGGUGUGGUGGCGCGGACCGUCGUCAUCUUCACCAGGAAGGAGGACCUGGCCGGUGGCUCCCUGCAGGAAUAUGUGCGUUGCACGGACAACGUGGCCCUGCGAAAGCUGGUGGCGGAGUGCGGGGGCCGCGUCUGCGCCCUAGACAACCGAGCCACCGGCAGCGAGCAGGAGGCCCAGGUGCAGGAGCUGCUGGGCCUGGUCGAGGGUCUGGUGAGGGAGCUCGGGGGCGCACACUACACCAACCAGGUGUAUGGCCUCGUGCAGGCCCUGCGAGGCGCAGACCUGGAGGAGAGGCUCCGCAGGGUGGCGGAGGAGGUGGAAGCCCGAAUGCAGAGGCCCCGGGGGACCUGGCUGCUGGCAAGGCUGUGGCAGUGGCAGAAGUCCCAUAAGGCCUACUGGAAACGGGGCAUGGUCGUCCUGUUGGGUGUCACCCUCCUGGUCUACGUGCUGUUUUAUAGGUGUCAGCCAGAGGCCAUUGGUGAUCUGAAUGACAGAUAGUUCCAGGCCUUAAAAACUUGGCCAAGAACUGAAUGCUUAGGGCUGAAUAGGAAAAUGAAAACAUCGUUCCUGCAUUUUUUACUCAAGCUUUAGUGACAGCUUUGCAAAGUCUCAAAGUUCACUUUUCAGUGUGUAAGUCUCAACUUUUAACUAGAUUUACAGUGUUUUCAAAUAAAUUUCCCUGAUUUAAAACUUCCUUAAGACAUUUUGAACACCUUAGUGUAGCAUCCUCCCUCUCUUGAAAAAGAGUGAAAUGACUGGCAGCUUGUAGUGGGGACAAACUCAUGGCACAGGGGACAGCAUUUUCAUUUAAUUGAGACUAACCUUCCUUGAUAAUUUUCUAUUCUAGUGUGUGUUCCUUUGCUAUCUUGUAGACGUUUAUCAGCCAUGAAAGGACGUCCAGGUCCUUCACGUUAGUGCUUACUUCUGACACACCUGAUCAGUUAUUAGUUAAGAUGAUUUACUACCAGACAGGUGAAUAUAACUACCGAAAAUAACAGUUUCCAGUUUCUAGUAGGUAUUAUGGUUCCUGCUUUUGCAAAAUAAAGCAAAAUGAGGUGUGUGUGUGUGUGUGGACAGGGUCUUGCUAUGUAGCCCAAACUGACCUUGAACUCACCAGGUGGCCAGGCUGCCUCAAAC